CCAAUCAAAGAUCACCAAUUGUAAGAUCUCUGAUUGCCCCAACAUUAAUAUCUGGCAGACUGGGACCUACCUAAACUCACCUUAGUUACUCUAGGCAUCGGUGUACCCUGUUUAAACUCCCUCCGUUUACUUCGGCUGCCCUCUCCCAAGUCUUCUCCUGAAAAAGCAGACUUUUCCUUCCUUUUUUUGUACUAACAAUCACAAAUUUUCAUUACCCUAAAAUUUUCAGUACUUUCAAAAUCUCAAUUUCCCAAUUCGAAAGAAAAGCAAAAUCAUAAAAAUUGGCGUUCUUUAUAUAUAUUUCAAAUCCAAUGGCGAUUAAUUUCUUAUCGUUUAAAGAUUCAUCGUCAGUUAAUUAGGGUUUUUGAAGCAAAAAAUAAAUUUUAGGAUUUUAUUUUAUUUUUUAAAUAUGGAGAAACACAAAUCAUUCAAAUACUACUCUCAGGAGCCCGAUUCACCUCAUCCAUGGAACGCCGAUUUCGGAUUUACCAACGCAAGCGAUCGGCGUUACGCGUUUUCGCGGCAACCGUCGUUUCAACAAUCGCAGAGAGAUACCCGCACGCCGAUGACGUCGAACUUUUCCAACGAUUCCAUUAAUUCUUUUCUAUCGAGGAAUGUUUCAAGCAUCGACAUAGUGGCAGGGUUUUACUCUUUUGACCAAGCGAAGGAUGGAUUUUUCGAAGCCACAGGAUCGGCGGGGGCGGAUAAAUUCUCGGUUUUGGAUUCGGUUUUGUCGCUUUUUCGGGUUAUGAGAACCGGUAGCCGGCAAAUGAAGAAGUUGCUGAUUAUGAUUUCACUUAAUGUGGCAUAUUCUACCGCUGAGUUGGCGAUUGGGCUCUUUACCGGCCGUAUUGGUUUGGUAUCUGAUGCAUUUCAUUUGACAUUUGGUUGUGGUCUCUUGACAUUUUCUUUGUUUGCGAUGGCUGCUUCUCGAAGAAAGCCUGAUCAUGUUUAUACUUACGGGUACCAAAGACUCGAAGUAUUAUCUGCUUUCACCAAUGCUCUGUUUCUAUUGUUCAUGUCAUUCUCCUUAGCUGUGGAAGCACUUCAUGCUUUCAUCCAAGAUGAAUCAGAGCACAAGCAUUAUUUGAUUGUUUCGGCAGUGACAAAUCUAUUGGUGAAUCUUAUUGGCGUUUGGUUCUUUAGAAAUUAUGCUCGAAUCAAUAUUGUAUACAGGAAACCUGAAGAUAUGAAUUACCACUCAGUUUGCUUGCAUGUUCUUGCAGACUCCAUUCGCAGUGCAGGUUUGAUAUUGGCAUCCUGGUUUCUCUCUCUUGGGGUUAAUAAUGCUGAAGUUUUGUGCUUAGGAUUAGUUUCAGGUGCAGUCUUCAUGCUUGUCAUGCCACUAUUUAAAGCUAGUGGUGGCGUCUUGCUUCAGAUGGCACCACCUAAUAUUCCAUCUUCAGCCAUGAGCAAAUGCUGGCGGCAGAUUGCUUCUCAUGAGGAUGUUACAGAAGUUUCUCAAGCUCAGUUUUGGGAACUAGUACCUGGUCAUGUUGUUGGAUCCCUUUCACUACAGGUGAAGAAAGAGCUGGACGAUCGCCGUUUACUAGAGUAUGUGCAUAGUUUAUACCAUGAAUUAGGAAUACAUGAUUUGACUGUGCAAACUGAUUAUGUAUGAACCUCAUCCCUUUUUCUUCC